AUGACUGCGCAGGAAGCCGCAACACCUGGUACCGUAACCAUUAUGGGCCUUGAUGGUUCCCUCGUCACGUUCCCUGCUGACUGGGAAGCUUUGCGUGGUGGCGGGAUUUUCUCGCAAGCUGAAGAUGGCGACGAGGACAGCGAUGAAGACGGCGAUGAGAAUGGCGACGAGGACGACGAGGAAGAGGGGAGGAAGAAGGGGAGGAAGAAGGCGACGAGCAUCGUUAUCAGGCCCCCUUCGAGCCGGUUGUUGCCCCUGCUGACGCUGUUGCCUCGUUGCAAACUACCUGGUGCUCAUCAUGCGCAGAUCAAUCGCAAUCUUCUCGGCGAGAUGGCGGAUAUGCGCAACACCAUGACGGUGCUGCAGGAGAACCAGUCUGCAUAUGAAGAGGUGGAGGCGGAAAGGAACAAGCUGCGUGAGGAGAAAAACGCGCUCAACCUUUACAUCGUGCUCAUUACUUCUGGCCCGGCAGCGACGAUGCAGUUCUACCCCGAGUGGACAGACAUGGUGCCGGGAAUGGUGCGGAAGUACGUAAGGCUGGGGGUCUGCAAGGACUUGUACUACUUUGUGGCAGGUGGGGACCAGAAAACAGAAGACGAGGCCAUGGACAAGAUUGCUAACAGGCGACAGACGAUGAACAAGAUCAUCAAGCUGUACGGAUGCGGCGCAGGAGGAGGAGUUGCGGCAAACAAGUGGCACUUGCUGGCGAAGGUGGGACUGCACCCGGAUCAACUGAGGACUCCCCCUGUGUGGAUGGCAUAUUACACAAACGUGCGAGGAGUCUGGCAGCUCCGACGGCUUGUCGUCAACCAUUGCGACUUCUCCGGCAGUAUCCGCGGUGCGAGGGAGUUUGUGGCGUCCCUCCUGCCGCAGUUCAAGGAGGGCAAUCCACAGCUUGCGGUGGAGGUGGUUGUUAACCGGGGCAAGCACCCAAACCUGUACGCUCAAUACGUGAACGGGAGGGAGAGGGUGGUGGAUGUGAAGAAUCAAGAGGCGGAGACCAUUCUCAUCCAGGCUUUAAGGCCUCGGAACUCCACGGGGCGGAAGGUGGUCAAGCUGAAAUCACGGCACGAAUCGACACGGCCCAGCAUUCAAGGCAUGUGGACAGCAGAGCUUCAAGCCCAACUCAGAUCACAAGCAGCAGCAUAA